GAGAGGAAUUAAAUUCAAUUGCAUCCCCCGCCAGAUCUUCCCCGCACGCGUGUGCUGGGCUCUGUCGCGCAGCAUACGAUCUUUUUUUACCUGUCUCUCUGGGUUAUUCGCCGUGUACUGUUUCUUGUCAGAGUUGAUUCAACUUCCCCUCAUUCAACAUGUCCACCAACGACGCCGUGUUUCAUCGGCGCAACAAGCAGAUUCAAGAUGCCAUUGACGGGCAGAAUCUGAAGCAAGCGCUGCAGCUUGUUGAGAAGCGUAUGAAGAAGGGUGAGGAUACAAGGUUUUUGAAGGCGUGGAAAGCACACAUUCUUUGCCGCCAUGCCGAUGAAGCCCACUACCAGCGCGGCGUUGCAGAGACGCUUGAGCUGUGCAAGCUCGAUCCGCCCACCACGGACUUUGAUACCCUCGAUACCCUCUACCAGACGUUGCAAAAGAUCGGGGGCCAAGAAACAACCAUGAGAAGUCUCUGGGAAAAGGCCUCCAAGGCCAAGCCCCAGGACCAAGAAAUCCAGAUGAAAUGGUUCAGAUAUGCGUUUGAGGGUGACGACUGGAAAUCGGCGCAAAAGGCUGCCAUGAGUCUCCAGAUAAACUUCCCCAAAACGAGAAAGUACCAUUUCUGGGCUAUCUUCCUCAGCUAUCUCAUUGCGAUCGAUGCUGCGAGCUCGGAGGCUGAUCGUAAACUUUUUGGGACAUUGGCCUAUCGUAUGGUCUCCAAGGCUGCCGAAAGUGUUCCUUCCGAUCCGAAAGAAUUGCUUAGCCCUCCCAAAGCCAUACAAAACACCGAAGAGCUGUUGCUUCUCAUCAAGAUCUUCGAAUCUCAAGAUCGUCACUCCGAAAUCGCAAAGAUUCUCGAAAGUGAAAACCUUGGGAUUACCUCACGCAUUGUCCAAAAUGACUGGGCACUUGUCGGAGCCAAGAUUCUCAGCCUGGAAAAGGCCGGGAUGUGGACCGAGGGCUUGUCCUACACCAAGAACUUACUUAAAAUCCCUACCAAUGAAGCUGAAAAGAAGGCUCUGCAGGAGUGUGAUGAUUGGACUGUUUGGAACUUGCUUAUCACAGCGGUAAAAAAUAUCAACACUCCGGAAACUACUACAGAGACACAAGACUAUAUCAAGGAGUUCAUCAGCGCCGAGCCAAAGUCUCGCAAUGCCCAGCUGGCUCGCCUUGACUUGAUUCAUUGGGGCUUCCAGUCAGGCACACAGUCUACCGAUGACUUACUCUCCGCCUGUCAGGAAUAUUUUGACAACAACAAACACAAGCUUUACAGCUUCAGUGAUCUUCAAAAAUAUCUCCCAGCCCUAGACAAUGCUAGUCUGUCAAAGUUCGUGCAACAUGCUUUGAAACUAGAUGGAAAUGAGGCAAAUGGAAAAGGCGUCUCGAAAAUCAACGCCCUUAAACUCGAAUAUUGCUUCCAACUAUCAUAUGACGAUGCUAAUGUCUCAAGACCAAGAAUCGAGGACUUCGUGGCCCGCUGUCUACAGGUCUACCGCGAGACAGAUCGUCCCGAGAGAACCGAGGCCCCAUCUACCAUUGAGAGCGAACCAAGUGAUGACCUCUGCCUGCUUGCAGCCAUGAGUCUGAUCCGCUUCAGUGGAGCCUGGAUCAAUGGAAACCAAGACCAGGUUCCAGACACCGCACUCAUUCGCGCAGCCGGCAUCCUCGAGCGUCUCAUCAUUGAUUCGCCCCAUAACUACCAGUCCCUGUUGCUUCUGGUACGGAUCUAUCUGCGUCUCGGUGCGGGAUCUCUCGCGUUGAAAACGUUUAGCAAACUAUCUGUCAAGCAGUUGCAGUAUGAGACUGUUGCCCACAACCUCUUCACACGUCUAGCAACAAUCCACCCACACUCGGCACCACCGAUAGAGGGAGCAGAGUACAAGGACUUUAACCCACAAUCAGCCUUUGUACAGGCACUCAAUUUCUAUCGCUCUGCCGACUUGACUACUAUCAGAAACCGAACCAAUGGUCUGGAUUUCGGCAGCUAUAUAAAUGUGGAAGGAACUAUCCAGCUCCAGAGCCGCCUCAAGAACAGUAUCUGCAGAAGGAUGUGGGCACUGGAUGUGAAGCGUAUGCAGAGGAUGGUUGGAGGUGAUCCUAUGAGCCGUUAUGAUGAUGUUGCAAAGGACACGUCCCCGGUUUCUGACCAGCGCGUGUUUGAUGCAUUCAUGAACUGCGAAGCUCCCGGUAAGGCAACCGUUGAGGAGCGGAUGCGCUUGGGACCUUUGCCUCGGGAACAAUGGGUCAAGUCCACCCGGGUCACAGAUCAGCUGUUCGGUAAUCUGAAGAACAUGGCUCUUCAGAAGCCAGUGGCUUCACAUGAUUUGCCCAGUCUUGAAGACCUUGUGUCAAACGCAGAGACCGAACUGACAGCCCCAGAGAUCGAGAACACCAAGGUUCAACUGAACCUACUGAAGGUCACCUCGUUCAUGAGCGGAUCAAAGUCCGUCACGUCCGAAGAUGUCGACAGCAGUCUCACGCAAGUUGAGGAGUGGCUGGACUCCAAGUCCAAGUAUGUUUCCUCGGACGAUGCCAAGCUCUCUCCGAUUGUCUCAGGUACUGCAAUUUUCCUGCAUCCUGAGUCUCCUUCCGCCCCAUCCUGGAAGUACCUGCACGAGGUUUUCAUCAUUCUUGAAUCCCUCAAGGCUGUGUCUCAGGUCGGAUCUCUGGCAUUGAAGAAGGCCUCCAAGUCGGUCAAACUGCCCAAGGACCGCGUGGAACGCUUGGUGGAAUCGACACGCAAGCUCCACGAGAGCGUGCGGGCCAACAUCCGCGGUCUCAAGGCACGCAUCUCCGAGCCCGGCACUCUGGGAACCCUGAUCGACCUCGUCAUGAUUGGCACUGACAGCGACGCGGAGAGCAAGCAGCUUCAGUCCGAACUGGAGAAGACACUUGAUGUCCCGGCGCUGGAGAUGCUCUGUGGCGAGUUGAUGGAAAGUUGGGAGGAGGGAUUGGAUGGAAUGUUGACGGUGACUUUGUGAGGAUGAACUGAUGGUAUGAAUGUUUGAUAUGAAAAUGACAGUGUAGACAUGAUAGAUUCAAUCCAGAAUAUUUACUUAUGAUGCCAUGCAAUAACAGAUGUCCAUAUAAAGGGUAGCUACAUAGGAAUAUAAUAUGAGUAUA